GUCCUCGGAGUCUCACCUGUCUCAGUCUCUCUGAGUCUCACCUGUCUCGGUCCUCGGAGUCUCACCUGUCUCAGUCUCUCUGAGUCUCACCUGUCUCGGUCCUCGGAGUCUCACCUGUCUCAGUCUCUCUGAGUCUCACCUGUCUCAGUCCUCGGAGUCUCACCUGUCUCAGUCCUCGGAGUCUCACCUGUCUGAGUCCUCGGAGUCUCACCUGUCUGAGUCCUCGGAGUCUCACCUGUCUCAGUCCUCGGAGUCUCACCUGUCUGAGUCCUCGGAGUCUCACCUGUCUGUCUGCAGAGUCUCACCUGUCUCAGUCUCUCGGAGUCUCACCUGUCUGUCUGCAGAGUCUCACCUGUCUCAGUCCUCGGAGUCUCACCUGUCUGAGUCCUCGGAGUCUCACCUGUCUGUCUGCAGAGUCUCACCUGUCUCAGUCUCUCGGAGUCUCACCUGUCUGAGUCCUCGGAGUCGGCUCGGCUCUUGUAAGGUGACCUUUGUACCUUCCUCCCAUUCAUCAUGUCUAAGAAGGUGGCGGUGAUCCUCGCGGGGUGCGGGGUGAACGAUGGCAGUGAGAUCCACGAAUCCUCCGCUGUGUUGGUUCACCUGAGCCGAGCCGGAGUUCAGGUAAGUGACGGGAAGUCUCAUUCGAUCAUCCUUCUCUAUCUCUAUAAUCGAUCAUCGUUCUCUAUCUCUCAUAGGUGGCCGUACGCCGGGACCGCCGGAGCCAUUACAGAACUGGGCUGUAAACACGUCAACAAGCAGGUGACUGAGGUCCACGUGGACACCAAAAACAAACUGGUCACCAACUGCGGCUUCAUGAGCAACAGUCCGCUGCACCAGAUCUACGAGGGUGUCGGGGAAAUGGUCAGGGCUCUUCUGAAGCUUCUAUAAACCUGGAGCCACAAAUGUCACCGAUCGUCAGUAUUGUGAUCUGUUCAGUGUGGAGAGUCUAUUUAUUAUCAGAAAUAAAGUGUGAGAAUAAAGAAGAA